UUGUAGAGAUAUACUCCGUAUGUACAAAUACUUAUUAAAUCAUCAUUCGUAACGUAUUCUUUCAACGUGAAAGACGUAAUUUUGUUCGCUUUCGCGCGCUAUAGUUUUUCUUAUUAGCCAAAAUAAAUCCUGUGUGUUAUCAAAAUAAAUAAAUACAAAAUAUUAGUGAAAUUUGAAUGUGAGAAAAAAUUAAUCAAAAAAUAAACAAAACAGAAAUUGCAUUAAACAUUGGAAUACAUCGAGUGAAUCUAAUUCAUUUCUGUGAAAAUCAAAAAGAUAUAAAAAUUACAGUUUUGUGAAAUCUGAUAAAAAAGAAGUGAUUUUAAAGUGAAUAAUGUCAACAAUUCAGUUGUUGUGUAAAAGUGAAAACAAUAUGAACAAUAAUAACAUCUUUCAAGCAUCAAAUCAUUUAAAGGAAAUUGAGCAAGAAACAAUAAGAUUAAAACGCGAAGAAGGUGGAGGUCAAAUCAUAAUUCAAGCAAUGGCACAGCCACAACAACUUCAAAUUCAACAGCAAAAUGGUGAACAACGACAAAUGGAUCAUGAUGAGAAAAAGAUGCGUCGUCAAAUUGCCAACAGCAAUGAACGACGUCGAAUGCAGAGCAUUAAUGCUGGUUUCCAAAGUUUACGUCAACUUUUGCCGCAUCAUGAAGGCGAAAAGCUUAGCAAGGCUGCAAUUUUACAACAAACAGCGGAAUACAUUGAUCGAUUGGAACUUGAGAAGCAACAACUGUUUGCAACAAACCAACAUCUGCAGAGAUUGGUGGAUUCAAUGGGUGGCACUAACAACAAUAAUAAUAAUAAUAAUAAUAAUAAUGAGUGUCCACAGCAACAAAUUAUACAGCAAAUUACCUCAUCACCAUCAACUGGCACCGCUAUAAAGAAACGAAAAUUGGAUCAAGUCAUGACCGUUCAGACAAUAUCCGAUUCAUCUGAUGAGGGUCUUGGUUCGAUGUCACCUGAACCUGUUACACAAAUGAUUUUCCAAAAUGGCACGAAUGCGAGCAGUACAAUAACAAAGACACAUUUGGUCAGUGCAAGUGUCACAACGAUCAAUGUCAAGGACUAUGUUAAUUUACAGAAUCAAAUGGAAACUGAGCGACGUCAUCGUUUACAAUUGGAAGAGCAAUUGAAGCAAUUGGAAAUGCAAGUUUAUUCGAGUCAACAUCAACAACAACAGCAGCAGCAGCAACAAGUUCAACAGCAACAACAGCAUACGCCACAACCACAACAAAAUUAUCAACAUCAAGAAGAUAUGGAUGAGGUUGAUGGACAACAUAUGGACAUGAAUGGUACAAUUGAGGAGAAAAUCAUUUUACGUCAACCGGAUGGACAAGAUAUUCAAUACAUUGGAACCGUACCACAUUCAUCGCAAUAUGUUGUUGUCAGUACGAGUACACCAGGCUCAUCGCCUAAGCAUAUAACGAUUGUUAAUGAAGAUGAUGACAAUUCUCGUACCUUAUCGUCAGAUGAAUUACAUAAGGAGGAUGAUGUUAAAUUGGUAUUACGUAAAUUGAGUCCUAAGCUCCAGCAAAUCAGAAUGCCAAGUAUUUUGGAGCAAGCAAUAAAGGCUGAACCAAAAGUUGAAGUUGAGCGAAUCAAUUCGCCAUGCAUAAUGCCAAUGAUUGAGGAGAAUGUAGGAAUUCAUUCGCCACCUAUACAUACACAACGCAUCACAUCCCCGCCAACAUCAGCUGUUACAAUUCGUACAACUUAUCCAAAUAAUAGUCACCAGCGUCCAAAUUUGGAGACAAUUGUUGAGGCGAUUCGUCAUUUAGAAGGUGAUGCAUUUGAUAUGGAUGAGGAGACUGCAACGACGACAGCAACGAUAAAGCCACAUCAACAUCAGCAACAACAGCAUGUUAUCACCCAAGAAGUUCCAUUGGCACUAACGACGAGCAAUAAGUAUCAACAGCAGCCGACGAAUGGACAGGUUAAAGAGCCAUUCAAAUUCCGUCAAAGUGCAACCUCACAAUCGGGUUUACCAACAUUCGUAAGUGUGCCAUCUCAUCAACAGCAGCAGCAACUGAAAGUUCAACAAUAUCAACAGCGACCUGGUGUGAUUGUCGUGAAGCAAAACUCUUGAUUAUUAAGCGGCACCGAACGAAUUGCAUCAUCGAUGAAAACGAAAAUGUUGAUGAAAAUGCACCGACAACAGCUGGCCGAAAAGGUUACAGCAAGAAAGUUAAUCAAGUAAGUUUUUAAAUUCUCUUUCUUCUUCACACCUCAAGAAUAAAAAAAAAUGAUGAAAAAAAUUUAUAAAAAAAAAUAUGAGUUUAAAAAUAAGGAAACACAUGCUACCUACCUAAAAACUGGGUGACCU